ACCUCCCUGGCGCGGUUGCCCAGGGUAACGGCGGCCUCCGGCCUCCGCGCCGGGCCGAGUGUGGCGGCGACUACCAUGGCUGGACAGCGAGGAUGGAGAACAAGAAAAGCCAGCAGGCCCGGGCAUGAUCUUUUCCGCAAUUUCAGUGAUUUCAGCGACUUUUCCUCCGAAGAUUCAAGACUGGAGGAAAUCAGAAAUGCAGGCAUCAGUCGACGUCUUCUCAGUACGACACCCGGUCCAAGCAGAUUUCUGAAGAGAAACCAGACGAGGGCCAGGAACCGCUCACUCCCAGGAGAGAGUCCCGUGCUGGGGAGCAGGCCCGGGCUGUCCUCGGGCUGGCCCCCGACCCCGGCCUCCAAAAUCAGGGCCGAGGCCGUGCUCACGAGGCUGGCUCGCAUAGAGAGUAAAAUCCUGGGCCGCAGAACGCACAUGGACUUGUCUGCCUCAGAUUCGGGCCCGGAGACCCCCGAGGCCAGCCCUCCCGGGGCAGCAGAUGAGACCCCCCGGAGCAGCACAGGGGACGUCCCCUCCCAGAAACAGGCCUGGGAGCUUCCGGUCCCCAAGAGCAGAGGACCGGACGGGAAGGGCAGCAGGUUCCUAAAGAAGAAAGAAACGCCCGUUGCAAACAUCUCCCCCACCACACAUUUUGAGAAAGAGAGGAAUUUUCCAUUGCCCAAACAGAAAGAACCUACUAGAACAUUUGAUUCCCCAGACAGUGACGAAGAGGAAAUGAAAGUGCUGCUGGGAAGCUUGAUGGAAUCUUCUAGAGAAAAAGAAGCCGACACAAAUCAGCGUGAGAGAGAACAAACGGAACGCUUCUUGAAGGAGGAGCCGGUCGCAGCUCAACCCAGCGUCGUCUCCCUGCCCAGCGAGGAACUUUCCAGCCCAAGGCCGUUCAGGACCCCACACCCGGCAGCGCUGCCUUCAGCAGACGGGACCCUGGGUGGUGCUGGCUCCAGGACCCCUUCCCCAUCCACUCACAGCUUCAAUGGCUCGGCCUCCGUCGUGGGCGCCUGGUCCACACAGGGCCGUGCCACGCCGGUGUCCUCCCCCGGACUGAGUGACAGCCUCAAUGAUUUCAGAGUAAACCUUUUCUCCCUCGAAGACUUGCAUCCAGCCACCGGUGAGAACUCAGAGCCGGAACAGCAGGAGGAAAUUGCUCGGCAGGGGAAGCCGGCUCACCCAGGCUCACGGGAAGAAGCACCUGCCAGGCCGGGGGUGCCGGGCCAGGCCCAGGCAGCGAGCUCAGAGGUUGCAGCAAAGGCCGCCUCCCCAGCCAGCGAAAGGGGUCCCCCCACUGAGAGCGACGUCUCGGAGCUCCUGAGCGGACAGACAGCCUCCUUCAGCCAGGGGAGCACGUCCAGCAGGAGGGCGGCAUCUGGGGACCCCAUGGCGAGCACCGCGAGCUCAGCGUAUUCCGAAGAUUUUGAAGGGUCGCAGAGUCCGACGGCCUCCGAGCCAGUGGGCCACUCCGAGGCGCCUCCUGACAGAGCCCUGGAAGCCUGGUCUGAAUUCUCUUCAAGCCUGAAAAGAGACCUCCCCGCUCUGCCACCCCAGCGUAGCAGGAAGUGGGGUCCGGAAGUCACGAGGGUGAUCGUGAAGGAAACAGCCGUGCAGACCCUCGAUCCCGCCUUCAGCUACCAGUGGACGAGCGCGGCCGGCGUGGCGGCCCUCGGCCCAGGCCUGGGAGGCACCUACGUGGACCCCACCCCCAUCGCCAGUCACGUCAUCAGCGCAGACGCCAUUGAAGCCCUGACCGCCUACAGCCCGGCCGCCCUCGCCCUGAACGAGCUGCUGAGGCAGCAGCUGAGCCUGACGCAGGGGUUCGUGGAGGCCAGUCGGCAGCUGCACGGCUCCGUCCUGCGGGCCCUGGACGAGGACGCCUUCCACUACCACACCCUGGAGGAGGCCAAGGAGUACAUCAGGCGCCACAGGCCGGCGGCGCUGACGCUGGAGGACGCCCUGGAGCAGGUGCGGGAGGAGCCCUGAGGCCACCAGAUUGCUAACAGGAACAAGGCCCGGCCUCCGUCGUCAUCUCCGUGCAGCCGCUCGGCUGGGACUGGGCUGAUGCCCACCUGCCCACUGAGGUGAGAGGAGGCACAGAUCCCGCUCCAGGGAGAGGCAAAUGGCUGUUCCUUCUGAUGCCAGGUGUCCUUUGGGGCCUCACGCACCUGGCUUCGCUGUGGAGGAGAGCGGGGUUGUGGGCUGCAGUAGUUGCAGUGUCCUUUUUGCGUGAGUGUCUACACCACAGGUCGGUCUGCGGGCACAGCCUGGUUGAGGCCCGUGUCCACUUCCACCUCUUCCCACGUGCCCCGGAGAAGUCGUCGGGCUGAGAGCCGAGUGUGAGGGAGAUCGGGAGCUCGGCUGGCACCGGGCCAGAAGGUUCUGGCAGCUGGCUGCCCGCAUGGCCCGCAGCCCUACUUGCACUCGUCCCUGGCCUUCAUGCGGGCGAUGAAGGAGUAGCUCUUGUUCCUGCGGUAGUUCUCGUAGGGGUCGUCCAGGGCCACGCCCACGCCCUUGUACUGGUCCCACUUGUCCCGCACAUCCCCCCCCUUGAUGGGGUCCUGGAUCCCCUGCUCCUUCACGCCGAGGCCGCCGGAUCCGCUCCACCCUUGGAGAGAGACGAGGCGCCGGUUACAACCUGCUGAGGCAGCAGAAACGGGGUGCACCUGCCCUGAAACAGCUACCGGGGACACUGGGGGUCCGGGAAGCCAAGUGACCUCCAGACUGACGUGGCAGCGCGGGCACGGCUGGCAGAGGCCCGAGGCUCGGCACUGAGACUUUCUGGCGAUAAACCAGGACUUCCUGUGGCCCCAACCCGGACGCAUCAGGAGUGACGCCCUGUCCCAGACCCCGGGGGCCUUACCCAUCUUCACCAGCAUCUGAUGUCCUUUGUUUUCUUCUCCGAGUCUCGAGUCGGGGAUGGGUGGUGCUGAAUUAGAACCCAGACCGGCCGAGGAACUAAAAUUAAGACAGGUUACGUUUUUUUAAAAACCAACAGAUGCAUUUAUUGGGAGAUCGUUAGAGUGUUACAGCGGGUAGCGGGCGUCAGCGUCGGUGUCCGGGGCAGACACACAGGCCUCUGGGUUCCGGCAUCCUCUGACAGCCUCUUCGUUGGACAGAUCGGGGGGGUCCCUACAAGGAGGCGCCCCUGGGGCAAAGGGCAGGGCACGUCCACCCCCAGGGGGUCGGGACGCACGGGGCUGGCCACUGCUGGGGCCCCACAGGCACUGGGGAGGGGUGCCUGUCACCCCACGAGGGCCAGCGGCCUGGACGCCGCCACUGGGUCUUCUAAGGACAAACGUUUAAACCUUCACGGUGAAGCGCCGGCAGCUCCGGCUCUCCCCGUAGACCGCCCAGUGGCUCCGACAGAGGCUUACGGGGGGCUGGGGCUCCGCGACCGGGACCGGCGUCUCCUCCCCGGGGAGUAGGACUUGGAGCGGGAGCGGGAGCGGGAGCGGCUCCGCGAGGAGUGGGACGGGCUGCGGCUCCUGCGGAGAGAGCGCAGGUCAGGGGUUGGGGGUCAGGGCCGGGUCCUGCCGUGUGGCCCCCCUCGGCCCGCCGGGCCGCCCUACCUGGAGCGGGAGCGUGAGUAGGAGCGGGAGCAGGAGCGGGAGCGCGAGCGCGAGUAGGAGCCGGACGACUUGGAGGACCUGGAGUUGGAGCGAGAGGACGAGCGCCCCCGGCUCUUGGACCGGCUCCGGGACCGCGAGGGUGCGCUGCGGAGAGAUGGGCCGUGAGCCGGGCCGGGGCCAACGCGGUGCUGUCCCCCGAGCCCGUGGGCCCCGCCUGGGGUGGCCGCUCACCUGUUCCUCUUUUCCUGGCCCUUCCUCCGCCGGGCCCGCAUCUUCGCCCGGAAGAACUCGUACAGGCCGUUCUGCUCCCAGCCCUCGCUGCAAGACACACGCGUCCCCGUGAGUGACCUCCCGCGGGCUGUGCAGACGAUGCCAGGACUUCCCAAGCCCGGGGCUGGGACCCCCUACUCUGUCAUCGGCCCAGGACGCCCACAGCCCGGGCACAGGGCACCGGCAAAGCCAGACAGUGGCUCGCAGACCCAGGCCUUUAGCACACAGCUCUGCUGCACCAAGAGGGGCCUGAACCCCCCACCCGCUGUGCCGUUUUCAGCUGUGGGCAGUCGGUGACUGAAUGUGCCAAACCCGAGACCCUCUCUCAUUCUGCCCAUUCUCAAUUAAACAGCCCCCCCCCCCCC